GAGCAGAAAGAAACGAUCCCCCUCGAAGAGGAAGCGGUCAAGGUCGACCGCCAGGAAGAAGUCGGCCUCAAAGAAGAGGUCGGCCUCCAGGAAGAGGUCAUCUUCGAAGAAGAGGUCGUCCUCAAGGAAGAAGUCGGCCUCGAGGAGGAAAUCGGCCUCGAAGAAGAG